CGCCCAUGCGCCGCCCGAACUCCGUGAUCGUCACUUUCCUUUCCCAACCCUUCUCCCACGCUCGCAACCCGGAAUUCGCAUUCAAACACACCGUCUCGCUUCCACUCCUCGACCUUCCGUCCUCCGAUCUCCUCUCUCCUUCCAACCUCUUCCACCUGGAGCUCCCGCCUCCGCUCCCUCUUUUCCGGCAACCAACCCUCCUCCUUCUCUCAGCAUACGGAGCAAUGACACGAAUGGGAAUCCCACCAAAUCACCGCAAUCUCCUCGCUCUAAUAGACCGUUUCUUGCAUACCAAGAACACCAAAUUCGCGUUCUCAACUGUUGGAUUGGUGCUAAAGAGCGGCCACCCUGUGAAUACCCUUCUCUUGAAUCUCCUGAUGAACGGGCUCUGCAAAAGCCUCGGAGUCUCGAAGGCUAUCGAGUUGUUUCGAGAGAUUGGGAAGAAGUGGAUUCCUCCUGAUGUCGUUACCUACAAUACUCUCCUCAAUGGUCUCUGCAAGGAAAAAAAGAUAGAAGAAGCAACGGAGCUGUGGUCAGAGAUGGCACGAGAAGACGGCGGUUCCAAUGGUUGCUCUCCUAACGUGGUGACCUACACGACUUUAAUGGAUGGCCUCUGUAAGAAUGGUAGGGUGGAGGAAGCCAUGGCCUUGUUGGACCACAUGAGAAGGAGUGGCCUGGAAGCUGAUGUCUUUGUCUACAGCGCCCUUAUAAGCGGAUUGUGUGGUACGGGUUCCGUAGAAAGUGGUAUAGAGCUCUUCCACGAGAUGAGCCAGAGGGGAAUUUCCCCAAAUGUGGUUACUUACAGCAGCUUAAUCCACGGGCUUUGCAAGUUGGGGUAUUGGGACAGAGUGACAGAGACGAUGGAUCGCAUGGCGAAGCAAGGGAUCCGUCCCGACGUGUAUACCUACACUGGUUUGAUUGACGGGCUCUGUAAGGACGGGAAGAGCAAGGAAGCGAUGAGGUUGUUGGGUUUUAUGGUGGAGAAGGGCGAAGAGCCGAGCACCGUGACAUAUAAUGUGUUGAUCAAUCAAUUAUGCAAGCAAGGGCUGAUUCCGGAUGCAUUUGAGUUCAUGGAGAGGAUGAUCGAGAGUGGAAAAGAGCCGGAUGUGGUGACUUACAAUACCCUGAUGCUGGGGCUUUGUGAUGUGCAUAAGAUUGAUGAUGCUAAGGAAUUGCUCGACAAAAUGCUUGAUGGUAGGUGUAGCGUUAAGCCGGAUGUAAUGACUUUUAACACGCUCAUACGCGGGCUCUGCAAGAAAAGACGCGCUGAUCAGGCCUUGGAUCUCCAGAGAGUGAUGGUAGAGAGGGGGCAUCCAUGCAACUUGGUGACUUACAAUCUGCUUAUUGAGGGGCUUUUCAAGGCCCGCAAGGUCGAUAAGGCAAUGCAGCUUAAGAAGGAGAUGGAUUGCAUCGGUUUGAAGCCAAACUCCUUUACAUAUAGUGUCAUGAUAAAUGGGCUUUGUAAAAUGAGACAAAUUGAUGCUGCCGAAAGGCUUUUGAGUGAGAUGAGGACCCAAGGAAUCGGACCUACUUUGUUUGACUACAAUACAUUGAUGGCAGCCAUGUGCAAGAAACAGUGGAUCGACAAGGCGAUAACUGUAUUUCGUGAAAUGGAAAGUGAGUGCAAGCCUGAUGUGGUAUCUUUUACAACACUGAUUGAUGGAGCCUGCAAAUCUGGCGACAUUGACACGGCAAAGGAAUUGCUUGCAGAAAUGCUUCAAAGGGGAUUGGUUCCUGAUUCCAUCACGUAUUCCAUUUUGAUAAAUAGAUUCGCAAAAUCAGGAUUCUUGGAAGAAGCUACAAGAGCGCUUCAGCAGAUGAUUGCUAGUGGCUUUUCUCCAGAUGUGGUCGUAUAUGAUUCACUGAUUCGUGGGUUUCGGGCUAAAGGUGACAUGGAUCGAGUCAUUGACUUGCUUCGUGAAAUGGCGGAUAACGAUGUGGCUCCUGAUGCAAAAAUGAUCUCGACUAUUUUGGAUUCUGUGUGCUUUCAUGGAAAAGAUAAAAACCUCUUAGAAUGUUUGCCUACCUUUUCAAAAGAGAGAUCAAAUGUAACAGGUUUUUCAUGCUAUGAGCUGAUGAAAAAGCUCCAAAAGGCUUGUUAACCGUCUGUCUCCAAUUAAAACUCCUCUAUGAGAGCCGGUGAGGUUAUUCUACCCUUUUCUUGUUCGUACAUUUACCUCUAUUCUUUAUGUUACUUCGUUAAUAUUUAAAGCUGUUAUUCUGACUGCUUUGCCCUGUUA